CGCUCUUACUAGUUUUGUCUCUGUGCUUCGCUGGUGGCUUUUCGGCUGGAUUUCGAGCGAACGAUGCGAGGAUGGAGGGCAUGCCGACCGCACUGAUCGCCUUCGACCACAUCUUCCUCCUUCUCCUCUUCCUCAUCGCCUUGUUCUUCGCCGCUCUGCUCGUCUCCGCUCGUCGGUCUUCGUCGCUCGGGGUCGCCUCGCCGGAGCAGGAGCCUGAACAGAGAAAAGACUGAGGUAGCAGGCCUUCAUUGGAAGGUUGGUGAUGGAUUCCAUUUUUAAUUAUGAGCCACAAGAGGAUGAUGAUCUCUAUAAACUCCUCAACUGUCAUCCAUCAUCAACGACAGAGCAGAUUUUGAAAGAAUAUAAGUUGAAGGCUAUGACCCUCCAUCCAGACAAGAAUGCUGGAGACAAUAGGUCACAAUUGAAAUUCCAGAAGCUGCAAAAGGCAAAGGAGAUAUUGACUGAUCCGGAGAAACGUAUGGAUUAUGAUAAAUGGAAACAGUGUGGGAUGGUGAUUCCAUAUUCUGAAUGGCUGGCCUUGAAGGACAAGGCUCACAUGUCUAUGCAUUGGGCAACACCCAAGACUGAACACAGGUGUCUUCCUGAUGGAGAAGAAGGAAAAGAAUCCAUCAAUACCUCUACUAGUACCAGUACUAGUAAUAAGGAGACUGCUCUGAAAGUUACCUCCUUCUCCUCUAGCGAUGGCACCAUUUAUCAGAAGUUUCGCAACUACAAGAUCUGAGUGGGAAGAUGAUGGACAAUCUGAACACCGGUUCACUGCUUUCUUGGCUGCUUCCUCACACACGCAGAAAGAAGGAAAGACAACGUCAGUGGCAACUCAGGUGUUUCUCGCUUCCAUUGCAAAUAGUUCAAAUGGAAACUAUGCAUUCCAUUGAAUCUGCUGCUACAAAGUGCAAUAUGUCUGUGUUGGUUUCUCUUCCAUUUGAUGGAUGCUGUUAUGUCUGGGCUCUGUGAAUCAAAUAAUCACUCCACAAUGAA